AUGCCGCCCGCCACACCGAUCCUUGAUGUGGCCAACCCGCUUUUCACACCCUCCAAACCAGCGCGGGCCUUCCUUGCCACCCUUCCGGCCAGUAAACGUGGACGACCGGAGAGAUUACAUCGCGCUAGCUUUCUCGCGCGUCUAUUCGCUUUGGCGGCUGCUGGACCCGGAUCACGGACAUCAUCGAGCAAUGGCUCACCUGUCGUGUACGACGCCCGCGGCCGUCCUGUGAACCUGCACGCGCGCUUAAGCUUUGAGUCAAACUCUAGCGCAGGCUCUGCUGAGUCUGUGUAUGGCAGUACUGGCUCGACUUCGGACGCCGAGUCCGAUGCGAGCGCAUAUAUGCACGCUCCCGCCCCGCGCGCUAAGCGGAAUGCUUCGGCACUCGACAACAAUACGUUCGGCCCUACUCCGCUCUCUUCUGUAUAUCCAUGUGCGCGGGUACCUGCUCUACAGCUUGGAAAACGGACAUACGCAUCGUUCGAGGCAAGUGACGAUGUGGAUAUAGCUGGAGAGAGACCCGGCAAGUUGCUAAAGCUUGACGCGAGUGGAGAUAGCGGGACCCUCGCUGAGAGUAGCUUCGACUCGGAAGAGCACUGGAGCUUGCUGGAUAUGAAGGGCAAGAGUCAACAGCGUGUCAACAGAGAGGGGACGCGCUUUGAGCUGCGUGUCAUUCACGAACAGCUGGAUCUCUCUCAGCAAUCCUUCGCGGACGAAAGCGCCGAUGAGGAGAGCCUCGGGCUUAGCGCCCUGCGCGACGUUGAGUCCUCGCCGGCGACUGCUGCAGCGCUGUUACCGUUGCUGGCCCGCGCGUUUCCUGGCACGGGCCUUACGGCUCGCAUCGAGGCCACCGGAGCGAGUUCCCUCCAAGAUGUUGCCGACAUACUUGGUAGAGACGGCAAACUAACGCCCGCGAUCAUAUCAGCGCUUGGAGGUCCCGCCGCUUCUCUCACGACACUCGACCUCGGACCAUCGCUCGAGCCCGAGCAGCUUGCGAAUCAUUCCGGCUCACCAUUGCAGGGUCUCAAUCUAGGCGCAGUACAAGGUACUCUGGAUGCUCUCGCUACGCCCGGCCGCUUUGCUCGCCUGCAUACACUGCGCCUUGCGCACGCACCGCUCGCGAAUCGUGACUUGCUUCGACUUCAAGGACUCCCUCUCCGCGACCUCAACCUACGCAACGCGGACCUAGGGGAUGAGGCGGCAUUCCAUCUCGUCGCGCUUGCGCCAACCCUUGUUCGACUUGACCUUUCGGGGAACAAGCUCCUCGGAGAUGAUGCGGGGGCAGCGCUUGCUCAUCUCGUCAAGCUUGAGUGGUUGUCGUUGAAGGGAACCGAUGUGCGCAUGCGCGGCCUGCGUGCGCUUAUGCCGCUUGUGAAGACUUGCGCGCUCGAGGUAUCCCGAGCCUGCGAGGUAUACCUGGACAAGCUUGGAACGCGUUACUUGCUGGCACCUGCGCCGCCAUUGAUCACAGAUCCCGAUGCGGCACGCGCGCUUGCUGCACCAGCACUCGCACGCAACCUUGCAGCACAUGCAGCGCACAAUGUUGCGGUGCGCGCCAGCGGGGACCUUCGGAUAGAUCGCACACGUCUGCGUUCAUUACUUGCUACACGCAAGGCAGACCUCAGCGUCCGCGCGAUGGUGUGGCGUGCACAGGAGGAAGCUGAAGCGCGAGCACAAGCGCAGGGAGUAUCGAAGAAAGACGACAUGUCUGAUGCAGAGGAUGAGGACGAGAGCGUGGAGGAUGGUGAAGGAGAGGAAAGUAUGGAGCUCGAUGAGGCUUGGUGA